UACUAAAUUUCCAGCUAAAAGCCUAGGUAAAAAGCCAGGCACCCCGCGCCGCUGCCUCCCUCCAUCAGCAAUGGCCGGUGCACACUGCGCCGCCUUCUCCGUUUUCAAAUCACUUUCUAACACCGCCCCAAAAUUACUAAAACCACUCCUUUCUUCUUCCAUCUCCUAUCCUCCUCGCUAUCCAAAAAAGCUCACGAAGCGGAAAAAUCACUUGCGCCCCAAAAUCCUCAAAAUCCUAAAAAAGCCAUACCCAAUAGAGCCCGUAAUCCCUAUCUUAUUGCCGCCUCAAAACGACAUCAUUUCCGAACCUCAACUCGAUGAACUCGUCGGAGUUGUCCCUGCCGUUGAUGAAGUUGAGGAAGUUCAGGUCACGGGGACCGAGAGCGUUGCAGGAGGGUACAGUGGCAUUUUUGGUAAAUUGUCUGCAAUGUCUGUCUUGAAAGUUGGCUUGGGUUUAUUUGGGGUUUUGAUUUUGCAAACAAUUUGUAGUGUUUGUUUUCUGGAAAAUUCAAAUUCCGACGAGGAAAACAAGAGUUUGGAUGUUUCAGAUACGGGUAUUAAUAGAAUAAGAAAAGGCAACUUUUUGAUGGAUAAAAACGUGGUUUAUUUGGAUGAAACUGAGUUAGAAUAUAGAAUUAAUGAAAUUAGGGCAAUGGCCAGAGAAGUGCGGAAGGUUGAGGACAAGGCACGGGGAAUUGAUAACGAUAAAGAUGGCAUUCCUGACGAAUUUAUGAGUUUUAAUAGUAGAACAAGCAUUGAAAAAGAGAUUGGCACAAGAUUGUCUAAGUUGGAGAAGAAGUUGAAUUCUAGGAAAGGGAAGUCACCCGGAUCAUACAUGAACAUUUUGAACGAGGUUAAUGAUAUUGAAGAUGGUAAAGAGAUGGAUGAGACAUUAAUGUUUAAGAAAAAAUUUAAGUUUAGGAAUCCUACGAGUUUGAGAAGUGAUGCAAAGGGGUUUUCAGGUUUUGGGGAUAGUUCAACGUAUAAGAAAAAGAAGAGUGGUAUUGCUAGUGCAAAUCGUGAUUCAGGUGAAAGCAUUUCGGGGACAGUGAAAAAGGAGAAGAAUGAAACUGAAGCAUCAGGUAGAGGUUCAAAAGGCUUGCAAAAUAAGGCAGAAAACUUGGAGAAGAGGCAAAAGGAAAUGGGAGUUGGGAACACUGACAAGAGGUUUGGUGCUAGCCUGGAGAAGAGUCGUGGAAGGUCUAUGGUUGAAGUUAUGAAGUCUAGAGAAACAAAAGAUGUAGAUGUGCCAAAGUUGCAGAACUUCACAAAAGGAAAUCAGGAAAAGCCCAUGAAAUUUGAUAAAGAUUCUCUGGGUGGAAAUGGUUCAUCAGGUGAUCAAUCAGAUAUCAAGUCUGAUUUGUGGUGGCUGAAGCUUCCUUAUGCUUUGGCUAUUCUUAUGCAGAGAGGUUUGGACAAUGAUGGUCCCGGAGGCCUUUUUACAUUAAGAAUUAGUUCUCAGGGGCAGCAGCAGAGUGAGAUUUCAUAUAUCAUUGCAUUUGAGGACCAUGUUGAUGCUAAUAACUUUUGUUGUCUACUCGAAUCAUUUUUUGAGGAUCUAGGUGAUUUUAGUGCUGACAUUGUUCCUCUAUCUGUGAAAGAACUUCAUGAAGAAGUUAAAUCAGGUAUGAAAAACGUUAUUGUUUUGAAGAAGAGGCAGCUUAAGCUUUAUGCUGGACAGCCAUUUGAUGAUGUUGAGAAGGCCUUAUUCUCGCUGAUAGAAGAAAAGUAGCACAACCUUUCACUGCUUUCUUCUACGGUUUUGUGUCGUGGACAUGGGAACAUUUGUUAAAUUCCCCUCUUUUGGUGACAAUUUUGUGCAGGAAGAUUCUUCUGGUUGAAAUCACAAUUUUGUGGACAAAGUAAACCCUAGCCCACUGUAUUUGACGAUUGCACUUCUUCUAUUGAUGUAGCUGAAAUAAUAGUUGAAUGUUGCUUGUUUUCAACAAA